GACCCACCUGUUGUAUUCGAUGCUGUGGAGGAUCUCUCGGAAGGGGUGCGAGGAUGACGUCGUGGUUUACAGGAUGCUUCUCGAAGCUCUGUGUCGAGAUGGGAGGGUUAAGGACGCAGAGGAGGUGAUGGGGAAAGUGCUUUUGAAGGGGCUCCGGUCGAGGGCGAGGCGGAGGGGGUUUAGAAAGCCGGAGCUCGAGGGGUUGGAUGAGGAGGGUGCGAAGGAGAGGAUCGAUGAGGGGUUGGUCUCCGGCGGGGUGAGGAGCCUGAGGAGCUAUGAGGCGGUGAUCGGGGAUCUUUACGAGGAGGGGAGGAUUAAGAGUGCGGAUAAGGUGUUUGGUGAAAUGUGCAAUAGAGGGUUUAGGCCGACGGUGGGUUUGUACGAGAAGAAGAUUGCGGCUUUGUGCGAUGACAAGAGGGUCGGUGAUGCGGUUAGGGUUUUGGAGACGGAGAUGAAGGAGAGGGGUUGCGUUCCGAGCGUUAGGGUUUAUGAUCUGAUAAUGGGAGGGUUUUGCAAAGAAGGGAAGGCGAUGAGGGCGGCCGAGAUGUUGAAGAGGAUGGAGAGGCAAGUGGGUUGUGUUGCCAAAAAAGAAACUUUUGAGAUUGUGGUGAAUGGAUUGUUGGGCGAAAGGAAGUUUGUUGAGGCUUCUGAGGUUUUGGAGAAGAUGGCGAGGAGAAAGUAUUGGGCUGGGAGCGAGGUUUACAGUGAAGUUGUUCGAGGACUCUGUUGUGCUGGGAGGAGAUAUGAGGCUGUGUUGUGGUUAGAGGAGAUGGCGAGCCAGGAGAAGGUGCCGGAGGUCUCUGCAUGGAGCUCGCUGGUGAGCUUGGUGUGUGUUGAUCAUGAUUCAGUACAACUUUCGUCGCGUUUGGAUUCUGUAGCAGAUGAUUAAGUACGAGAGCCAGUUUAUUUGCGAACAAGUAUGCAGCAUGAUGUUCUGCAGCAACGUACUGUGGGUUCACAAUAAGUGCUUCGAAGGUGUAACUUUUUGUGUUGGUCAGUAUGUUCCAAGAUGGGCAGAAAAUGAGUAGCGGAAAUGAGAAUGUUGCUCUUAUUGAGGAUGCAAUGAGAAGUGAGGGCAUCCUUAGGAGGUCAGAGGUUGCUCUUAUUAAGGAUAGAAUGAGAAAUAAUCGACCGUGAUGGCAUGGUCAUAUUCAAAGGGGUCCGCUAAAAAUACCCACCGGGAGAUUAAAUAAAGAUUAAUAGCUAACGACGGCACAAAGGAGUAACGAUAGACCUAAAAGGACUUGACUGGAAGCAGUUAAGAAGGAAACGAUAAUAUUCAACUUAAUGGAGAAGAUGACCUUAAAGGGAUGAAUAUAAUUCAGGUAGCCGAUCCAAAUAAAAUGUGAUGCGUGAUUUGUUGUUGUUGUUGUUAUUAUUGUUGGUAUUGACUUCUUGUGAUAAUGACAGGCGUGCCGUCAACAUUUCAGAUUUGAGAAAAUAAUCUUGUUGUUUGUGGUUUGGGUUGAUCUCUUUUGGCGAUAUUUUCGGAGCUCAUCAGUUCUUGAAUGAUGGGUGUCUGGCUGGA